AUGGACCGGUUCGUGGGGCGCAGGGCCCGCUGUCCGGAGAGCCCCCGCCGGGCCGCGCCAGCCCCCCGCGCCUACCGGCAGGCUACUCUCGAGUCCCUCAAGAGAGUUGUGGUUGUGGAAGACAUAAAACGAUGGAAGUCUAUGCUUGAGCUUCCUGGGCAACCGAAAGAGAAUCUGAUCGAAGCUUUGGAGGAGCUGAAGAAGAAAAUACCUUCCAAGGAAGUGUUAAUUUCAACAAAAAUAGGUCACACAGUGAAUAAGAUGCGGAAACAUUCCGAUCACGAUGUGGCCAGCCUUGCCAAAGAUAUUUACACGGAGUGGCGAGCUUUCAUCAAAGACCAUUCAAACAAGCCCUCAAUAGAGGUCAGGAGCGAUCCCAAGACCGAGGCUUUCAGAAAGAACGCGCGGAAGCUGCUUUGUGAAGCCCUGGAUCUAGAGAUUGAUCACCCACUGGCUGAAAAUAUUGAGCGAGAAGCUUUUCACCUCUCUUCCCGUCUCAUUAGCGCACCGUAUCGCAGAAUGGUGCGAGCUCUUGUCUUCUCAUUAAAGCACAAACCUGAAAUCCGAGCAGAAGUGAAGACCGGCACGCUCACUGUCCGCACGUUUGUACAGAGUCAUAAAAAGUGAGGUGUCAUGCUUGAUCCUGAGUGAGAACUUCAUGUGCCUACAUCUUUGUGGAACUGGGAGCCCUUUCUGUCGUGAAGGGAGUGCAGAAGUGCUGACAGUGUGACUCACUUGG